AUGGCAAAAAUAAAUGAAGAUUUGCAAAGAGAACGCGAUAAGUGUACGUUUAAAAUUGCAGAAUUGACAACUUUGAUCGACGGUGGACGGGACAGAACUGACGCUAGAAGGGAGAGAGAAAAAGUUUUACUGAGUAGGACUAAAGACCUCCACGGCGUCCCGGAAGAAUAUUUGAGUCACAAAGAGAAGUAUGAGAGCGCUAUAAAAAAUUCUGUGAUACUAUUUGGUAUAGUUCGGCAAAUGCAAGAAGAAGGGAAAACAUCAGUUACUGAUUACAGAGACGUGAUUACUUCACUAUUGGCAUCAGCGCAGACCCGCGAUGGUUCACCCAUGGGUGUCCACUACAUCAUGUUCAUGCCAGCUAUUCUCAACCAAGGAACGGAAGAACAGCAAGCCCAAUGGAUGCCUCGAGCGUGGAACUCCAGCAUAAUUGGAACUUACGCUCAGACCGAGUUGGGCCACGGUACAUUCAUCCGCGGACUGGAAACGACAGCUACGUACGAUCCAUCCACCAAAGAGUUUGUUCUCAACACACCCACUCUCACCUCGUACAAGUGGUGGCCUGGAGGAUUGGGCCAUACGGUUAACUACUGCAUCGUGGUAGCACAGUUAUAUUCAAAAGGACAAUGCCACGGAAUACAUUCAUUUAUUCUUCAAGUACGAGACGAAGAAACUCACGCACCGUUGCCUGGUAUCAAAGUAGGAGACAUUGGCGCUAAGCUGGGUUUAAAUUCGGUUGAUAAUGGCUUCUUAGGGUUAGAUAAUGUAAGGAUACCGAGAAAUCAUAUGUUGAUGAAGCACGCCCAGGUUUUGGAAGAUGGAACGUAUGUGAAGUCGAAGAAUAGUAAACUUAAUUAUGGAGCUAUGGUGUUUGUAAGAGUUGUUAUUGUAUUCGAUAUGGUAAACUAUCUGUCAAAGGCUUCGACGAUUGCUGUUAGAUAUUCGGCGGUUAGGCGGCAGUGUCACAUGAAGGAAGGAGCGCCUGAAACACAGAUUCUAGACUAUUUAACGCAACAACACAAGGUCUUCAUUUCUAUUGCGACUACGCACGCAUUGCGAGUGACAGCUAACAAAUUAUGGGACACGUUCAAUGCUGUGACUGAAGAGCUGGGUGGAGGAAAUCUUAACCGACUACCGGAACUACAUGCUUUGGCCUGUUGUCUUAAAGCUGUGAGUACAGCAGAUACUGCGAAUUGCGUAGAACGAUGUCGUUUAGCAUGCGGUGGACACGGGUAUAUGCAGUCUUCAAAUCUGCCCCUGACGUAUGGUCUGGUCACUGCCGCUUGCACAUAUGAAGGGGAGAAUACGGUUCUGUUACUGCAGACUGCUAGGUUUUUGGUAAAGACAUGGCAGAAUGUUGACACAGCGAAGUUAACACCAACUGUGGAGUAUCUAAAGAUCACUAGAUCGAAAGGGUUUAUUGACAAAUGGCAGAAUUCCAUCGAAUGCAUCAUUAAAGGAUUUCAAAUCGUUGCCAUGGGCAAAAUUUCAUCAAGUGUGGAUCACAUGCAGCAAAGAAUAUCUAAUGGGAUGGCUCUUGAAGAUGCUUGGAACAUGACGUCAGUGCAACUCGUAUCUGCAGCUGAGGCGCAUUGUCGUGUUAUCAUCAUGUCAACAUUUUACGAAGAGAUAAAUAAAGCAAUGGCUACAGUGUCCCCAGAGUUGCGUAAAGUUUUGCAGAAAUUAGUUGAACUUUACUGCGUUUACUGGGCCCUGGAGAAAGUUGGGGAUUUGUUACAGUAUGCUCCAAUCGCUCAGAGCGACAUACGAGAUAUGAAAAGUUGGUAUGAAGACAUUUUGGUAGAACUUCGACCAAACGCCGUAGCCCUUGUAGAUGCAUUUGACAUAAGGGAUGGUAUACUACACUCAACUCUCGGAGCCUACGACGGUAGAGUGUAUGAGCGACUCAUGGAAGAAGCUCUCAAAUCACCGCUCAACGGUGAACCUGUUAAUCAGAGUUUUCACAAAUAUCUUAAGCCAUUUAUGCAGGGAAAGUUAUGA